AUGUUGAAAAAGAUUCGUCAUUUAUCGACUCUUGCAGCAAUAUCACGUACAUCUCUGGCAGCAACAUCACGUACAUCACCAUCUUCAUCCUACAUACACUCUGUAACAUCAAGGAAUCAACCAACCAUGCAGCAGGGAAACGGCUCGCCCUUGCGAAGUCCCAACACUGGAUCUGGAUAUACGUUCGCUCGAAGAUCAUCAUCCAAUACACUGUCUCCUUUCAACACACCGGCUCCAACAAUGGCAAAGUUGACUACUGACGAACGAACCAAACUGUUGCCAUCUUUGUUGGUCCCCCCUCACGGGAACGGAUCUUGGUCGAUGCUGGCCGAUAGGGAUGCACUGCAUAGGUCUCUCAGGUUUACCAACUUUAAUGCUGCGUUUGGAUUUAUGACUCGAGUUGCGCUGCUUGCUGAAAAGAUGGAACAUCACCCAGAGGCAUGUUUUGGAAUCUGUAGUGCUUGA